GGGACCCUCACCGUCGAAACUUGUCAGUGAUGCUGUGGAUUUGGCCAUAUCUUCUUGGUGUUUUCACACUAACUGUCACUGCUGAAGUUCCUGGUAAAUUCAACGUUUCAGUUCCUCAUGGACCAAUAACAUCUCCUCUGGGAUCCUCUGUCAUCUUGCCAUGUGCUGUGACUCCUUCCUUCAGUGUGCUGCCCUACAAAGUGCUCUGGCAACGACCAGACACAGAGAAAACAACGGUCUUACACUUUGAGCAGCGCAAAAUCCAGGAGAAAUCUGCUGACCCUCAGUACAGGGGUAGGGCAUCUCUGGUAGGGGACCUGGAGAUGGGGAACGUGUCCCUUAAACUGGAAAACCUCACGCUGGCAGACAGGGGAGGAUAUGUGUGCAUGGUUAAUAGCUUUAUAUGGUAUGAUAAGGCUGAACAGGAUUUACAUGUACGAGGCAUGUAUUUUAAAAUCCUCAAGCUUUUGAAGAUG